AUGCCACUAAGGCGGAACUGCUUCGUAGAGUUUAUGGGACUCGAACCAAAGCCGGAUGAAAGGGAAGACGUUAAAUGCCGAAUCUCAACUCCCGUUCAACACUGGUAUGAUGAAAAGGAGCUUAACUGCAUAGAAAGGGAAUAUGUCGCCAGCAUCUUCCACGAUGCCGAUCCAUCCGCCAUCGCAAAAGUGUAUUGUAUUCUUAACUAUUGGGGGUUAAUCAACCACGGAGCAUGGAGACACCUCACUACAUCGGAUGAAUACUUAUACCAAUUCAACAGGGAAAUUGAUACCAUCAAAUCGCAUGCAGCUAGCGACGCAGACGUCAGCGUUCCUUGUAAGGACGUUGAUGGAGCCGGCGAUGCAACGCCAUCGGAGAAUAAAUCGGAUUGCGUUGAUGCCAUUAAUGCGCCUUUCACGUUGGAGAAAAGCCUAAUGGAUCGAGAAAUCGCAAAGGAACAAUGGCCACAGCGCACAUGUCAAAGCUGCCGUCUUCCAUGUAAAUACAUGUAUUACAUGGUUGAAACGCCUGUAGAUGACAGCCUGGAAAAGUACAAGGACGAUGUCUGGUGUUCUACGUGCUACGCCAACUCGAGGUACCCACUACAAGUGCCCAGGAAAUCCCUUGUAAAUGUUAUUGUGCCAGUCGGGGCCAAGUGGUCGAAGCAUCCAUUCGUGCCAAGCAAGUGGAACCGCUCCAGACGGGAGAAGUUGUACAGUGCCAUUGACAAGUUCGGUCUGGACUGGCGCCUGGUCCAGGAGGAAGUGGGUGACGAGGUAACUGUCAGGGAGUGCAUUUACCAUUUCGUAACUGCGCCUCUGGAACGUGAAACACGAGGAGUAAUGCGAGUUCCGGUCUGUUUUAAGGACGUUGUGGAUGCGGAAACAGAUCUCCCGUUCUUCACCAGCCCAAACACUGUCACGGCCUUUCUCGCAUUCUGUGCAUCCACUAUCAGCCCCAUCGUCGCAUCGCAAGCAGCAAAGGCCAUCUUAGACGAUGUCCUGAAGCCGGAGGCAUGGCCACCCGGAUUUGCUACAAGUGAAGCGGAAGGAAACAUUAUUCAUGGAAAACACACGAAAACGGGGUCAAAAACAGAAACUGUAUGCCACACAACUGUAACGCCAGUACGCAGUGACAAGAAGGAUGCCGAUGCUGCAAACCCAGAUAGGCUACACGCAUUUACGUACAAUGAGCGUGAAGUGAAAGGGAAAGAGGCCGAAGCAAGCGGGACUGUUAUCGCACAAGGCAAGGAUGCAGAACACACUGUGCUGCAGAACCCAACAGUUGCGGAUGCGACGCUAUUCAGAGCGUUCGAACGAGCGCUGCAAGUAUCCACGGACACCUGCACGCGCUUGGCUGCAAUGGAGCAGGAAAAGAUAGAUGCCAUCCUCGCCAGGAUUAUUGAUCUCAAAAUUAAAAACCUGCAGGAAAAGAUGAAGUAUCAUGCAGGUUCCGAAGAGCACAUGGACAAUUGCAGAAUACAACUGGUAAGAUGCAUUAGACAACAAUUCACCUGGUGCAGAGGCAUGAACUGUCGCGAAUAA